AUGGUGCUCCUUGUCAGCCUCGUCCUGUUCCUGUUCACGCUGCUCGCGAGAGCGGCAUGCUCUCCCACAGCCCCAACAGCCAGAACGCUCAACGGAACCUACGAAGGCCGUCAUCUUCCCGAGUUUGGCCAAGACCUAUUUCUCGGCAUCCCGUACGCCCUCAGCCCCCGUCUCCGUAACCCCGUACCCCUGACCGAGUCCUGGACCGGCGUCCGCGAUGCCACUCGCUAUACCAUUGCCUGCUAUGCCGAUUCCUACAAAGGUGUUCUGGAAGCUGUUGGUGCCACUCUCGGCGAGGACUGCCUGAACCUGAACAUUGUCCGGCCUGCUGGAACGACCCCGUCCUCGAAGCUCCCCGUUGUUGUAUGGAUACACGGCGGCAGCUUCACCGGUGGCUCCGGUGUAGACGGGAACACCAAUACAUCCUACGUCAUCCGAAACUCGGUCGAGAACGGCACCCCGAUCAUCGCCAUCACCAUCAACUACCGUCUCGGCUUCUUCGGCUUCCCGGGUGGUUACCAAGCCGCCGCGGAGGGCGUCACGAACCUCGGCCUCAAAGACCAACGGCAGGCCCUGCGCUGGAUCAAAGAGAACAUCGCGGCUUUUGGCGGCGACCCGAGCAAGGUCACACUAUGGGGCCAGUCCGCCGGCGCCAUUUCCAUCGGCCACCAGAUCCUCGCAUAUGGCGGCAAGGGCGCCGAGGAGCUGUUCAGAGGAGGCAUCCUCGUAAGCGGCAGCGCAGGCUUCAUCACGAACAUGCUGUUCCCUACGCACCCCAACAUCCUGAAGUCGUACAAUGAUGUCCUGAACGCGACGGGCUGCGCCGAUGCGGAUCACACCUUGGACUGCAUCCGCGAGGCUCCCGCGGAAGUAAUUUUGGGCGCCGCCAGAUCAGCCCCGGUUCCCGCCUGGUGGCCGAGUAUCGACGGAGAUUUCAUCCAGAAGCCCCCCACGUGGCAAAUGCUCGAGGGCGACAUCGCCCCCGUGUCCGUCAUCGUCGGCGCCAACAAUGACGAGGGCCUGCUGUCGGUCAACUCGAUUGCCCCCGGCCUAGAAACCGAGGCCGAGGCCGCGUUCGUUCUCCAAGCCAGCUUCCCCGCCGCGAGGCCUUCGACCAUCCAGGAGCUCCUGGCCGCGUACCCCGUCAACGGCCCCAACCCGCCCUACUCGCUGCCCGUCAGCCCCGAUCCGGCCGACGACGUCUUCUGCGCCGCCCUGCGCGACGCCAACAUGACCUGCGGCGCGCAGUAUCGCAGGGUGGCCGCCAUCUUCGGCGACUACGCGCAGGUCAGUGGCCGGCGGCUGACGGCGCGCGAAUGGGCCCGGGCCGGGAUCCCCGCCUACAGCUACCGCUUCGACACGAACCCGACCGACAUACCCAUCGUCAAGAACGCCCUCGCGCCCGGGUUCUCGACGCACUCGUCUGAGUACUCGUACUUCUUCAACUUCCCGCCCGACUACUACAUGCACGGGCUGAACCCGCCCGUGCGCAACGUGUCGUCGCACCUGACGCUCUCGAGAAACAUCGUGGACAAGUUCAUCGCGUACAUCGCCACGGGCGACCCGAACUCGUUCAAAGUCCCCGAAGUGCCCGAGUGGCCGCAAUACUCCGUCUCGGAGCCGGCGAACAUGGCGUUCAACGCCACCUUCGCCGACAACACAAUCUACACGCGCGUCGAGGCGGACACUUGGCGCGAGGAGGGCCUGGAGCUGUGGAACAAGUACGCCGUCGAGCUCAGCUUCAAUGGCAACUGGCGUCCGUGA